AUGGAGUUGGAAAGCAGACGAUCUGUUAACAUUUGCAAUUGCCAUGUUAUCAUAGGCAAUCUAGCAAAUGAUGACUUUAGAAGGCAGGGCCCAUGUCACACAGCUCUGAUGUUCCGUCAGUGCCUUCAUGGACACGUAGUGGGAGACGUGAUUGCCAGACCACUCUCCAUCAUCUCCAGAAAGUCAUGGUGGGCAAGAGAAGUGCCUGAGGACUGGAGGAAGUCAAACAUCACUCCAAUCUUCAAACAGGGUAAGAAGGAGGACCCAGGUAACUAUAGACCGGUCAGCCUCACUUUCAACCCUGGAAAGGGGGCAAGAGUGCAUGGGAGGUACAAGAAGGAAACUCCACAGUGGUGGGCUCGACUCGUGCCUUGCGCCGGUCAGCGGCAGCCCAGCGGCCGUGCCAGGCUGUGGGGCCUGGAGAGGGGCAGCCCCCUGCCGGGAGGGAGGCGGGCGGGGGGCGGUGCUGCCGGCGGGGCGGGCUCCAGCUGGCGGCGGGGGCCAGGGUUGGCGCGGGGCAGAGUUGCACCGCAGCGAGCGGAGCCCGGCGGCUGGCAGGGCGCGACGGCUGGCGGAGGGAGGGUCUGCGGUCGCCGGCAGUUUAAUCUCAAGACUGAAAAUACAACACAAGUGGCACAAAUCACAAUGUUUUUUCAGAUGUUGUUAAUUCUGCUACUUCAUGACUAUGUCUCAGCUGAAGAUGGGGAAACAAGAGCAAGUUGCAGAACUGCCCCAGCAGAUUUGGUUUUCAUAUUAGAUGGCUCUUACAGUGUUGGCCCAGAAAACUUUGAGAUAAUUAAAAGCUGGCUUGUCAAUAUUACAAGAAAUUUUGCCAUAGGGCCAAAGUUUAUUCAAGUUGGAGUUGUCCAAUACAGCGAUUACCCUGUGCUCGAAAUUCCUUUGGGAACUCAUGAAUCCACUGAGAACCUCAUCAGGGAAAUGGAAUCCAUACACUACUUGGGAGGAAAUACAAGAACAGGAAGAGCUAUUCAGUUUGCCUUUGACCAUCUUUUUGCCAAAUCUUCAAGAUUUUUAACAAAAAUAGCAGUUGUUCUCACUGAUGGGAAGUCCCAAGAUGAAGUCAAAGACAUAGCAGCAGAAGCAAGAAAGAAUAAAAUCACUUUGUUUGCUAUUGGUGUUGGCUCUGAAAUUGAGGAGGCUGAACUUAAAGCUAUUGCCAAUAAGCCUUCAUCAACUUAUGUCUUUUAUGUUGAAGAUUAUAUUGCAAUAUCAAGAAUUAAAGAAGUUAUAAAGCAGAAACUCUGUGAAGAAUCUGUUUGCCCAACACGAAUUCCAGUGGCAGCUCGAGAUGAAAAAGGAUUUGACAUUCUUCUGGGAUUGGGUGUGAAGAAAAAGGUUAAGAAGAGAAUUCAAAUACCAGCCACUAAUGCAAAAGCUUAUGAAGUAACCUCACGUGUUGACCUGUCAGAAUUGACAAGGAAUGUGUUUCCAGAAGGUCUGCCUCCAUCCUAUGUGUUUGUUUCCACUCAAAGGUUUAAAGUCAAAAAAACGUGGGAUUUAUGGAGAAUUCUAAGUCUGGAUAAGAGACCACAGAUAGCAGUCACUAUUAAUGGAGAAGAGAAAACAUUAUCAUUCACUACAACAAGUUUAACAAAUGGUACACAAGUUAUUACUUUCACAGCACCUCUUGUGAAGACGUUGUUUGAUGAAAGCUGGCAUCAAAUCCGGCUCUUGGUAACAGAAGACUUUGUAACAUUGUAUAUGGAUGACCAAGAAAUUGAGAGGAAACCAUUACAUCCUGUUUUAGGUAUUUACAUCAGUGGCCUGACCCAAAUAGGAAAGUAUUCUGGAAAGGAGGAAACUGUACAGUUUGAUAUACAAAAACUGAGAAUCUACUGUGACCCAGAGCAAAAUAACCGAGAAACAGUCUGUGAGAUCCCAGGAUUUAAUGGAGAGUGCAUGAAUGGUCCUAGUGAUGUAGGCUCUACUCCUGCACCCUGCAUUUGUCCACCAGGAAAACAAGGACCUCCAGGCCCCAAGGGUGACCCAGGGCAGCCCGGGAAUCAUGGUUAUCCUGGUCAGCCUGGUCCAGAUGGUAAGCCUGGAUAUCAGGGAUCAGCAGGAACUCCAGGUGUCCCAGGAUCUCCAGGGGUUCAAGGACCUCGUGGCUUACCAGGUAUCAAGGGAGAGCCAGGGAAAGAUGGGGCUAAGGGUGACAGUGGGCUACCUGGUUUUCCUGGAUUACAUGGGAUGCCAGCACCAAAGGGAGAAAGGGGUCCUAAAGGAGAUCAAGGAGUGCCAGGAAUAUAUGGCAAAAAGGGUUCAAAAGGAGAAAAAGGUGAUCCAGGGUUCCCAGGAAUGCCUGGGCGAUCCGGAGACCCUGGCAGAAGUGGGAAAGAUGGAUUACCUGGAAGUCCUGGUUUCAAGGGAGAAGUUGGACAGCCUGGAUCUCCAGGCCUGGAAGGACAUCGGGGAGAGCCUGGAAUUCCUGGAAUCCCUGGAAAUCAAGGAGCAAAAGGACAAAAGGGUGAAUCUGGCCCACCAGGUCAUCCAGGAGCAAAAGGGUCACCAGGUGAUACUGGUUUGAUGGGACCAGAAGGCUCAUUUGGUCUACCUGGAGCUCCUGGGCCCAAGGGUGAUAAAGGUGAACCUGGAAUACAGGGGAAACCAGGAUUAUCAGGAGCCAAGGGAGAACGAGGAGUACCAGGUGCUCCAGGUGAACCAGGCUACCCAGGCAUUCCUGGUACUCAGGGUGUAAAAGGGGACAAAGGAAACCAAGGUGAAAGUGGUAUCCAGGGACUGAAAGGAGAAAAAGGAAGACAAGGAAAUCCAGGUUUACAGGGAUUGGAAGGAUUGAAUGGAGAACGAGGAGAGAAAGGUGAGAAAGGAGAUCGAGGCAUUCGAGGCAUCAAUGGGCAAAAAGGAGAAACUGGUACCCAGGGUUUGCUUGGACCUCCUGGUCUCAGAGGUCAGCCAGGAGACAGAGGAGCCCCAGGACCACCUGGAUCAGAUGGGAAACCUGCACGGGAAUUUUCAGAAGAGUUUAUUCGGCAGGUGUGUUCUGAUGUUUUGAGAACCCAGUUGCCUGUCAUCCUCCAGAGUGGAAGACUACAAAACUGUAACCACUGUCAGUCCCAAAGUGCUUCUCCAGGACUUCCAGGACCACCAGGUCCAAGAGGUCCUGAAGGCCCAAGAGGGUUUCCUGGUUUACCAGGAAAUGAUGGCAUUCCAGGGCUGACUGGCAUCCCGGGGCGCCCUGGGGCUCGUGGAACCAGAGGACUUCCAGGGAAAAAUGGUGCAAAAGGCAAUCAAGGAGUUGGGGCUCCUGGGAUCCAAGGCCCCCCAGGACCUCCAGGUCCUGAAGGUCCACCAGGUAUGAGUAAGGAAGGACGCCCUGGAGAGCGUGGGCAGCCUGGUAAAGAUGGAGGUCAUGGCAGUCCGGGAAUGCCAGGACCAGUUGGACCCCCCGGAAUUUGUGACCCGUCACUGUGUUUUAGUGUCAUCGUGGGGAGAGAUCCAUUUAGAAAGGGACCAAAUUAUUAAUUGGUGAUAUGAUAAUUUAGAGGAAUAGGUAUGGUGCUUGUCUUCUAUGGUCUUUCAAGUCUCAGGAAGGUGACCAACAACAACCCCAUAAGCCGGAACAAAAGUACCUCUGCCAUUAUAAACACCAUAAAUAAUGAACCCCAAGGGUUAUGUAUUCCUCUAGACAAGAAGCUCCAAUACUUUUUUAUUUGUAUUGAGUGAAUCUUGACUGGUUUUAAAGAGAUGAUCAAUUUUCAUAGGAAUAAAAUAAACUAUAAUCUUUACUAUUUAGUAUUUCAGUGUCCUAUCACAGUCCUGUCACCACUGAAGUCCUCUGCAAAAUUGCUCAAGAUCCCACUGGGAGCAGGAUUAGGCAUUAAAUGGUUUUGGGCAGGCAUAAA